UUCACUCACAUCAACAGCGGUUCUUCAACGCGACGGUCGUUCUCCGAUCAUUUUCCCGUUCUUUCUUCUCGAAACAUCUUGUUUGAGGUUGUGUUUCACGCUGUGCGGUGCAAAGUGAUCCAGCAAGGAAAAAUCUGCUCGAAAAAAUGGCCCUACACGUUCCGAAAGCUCCGGGUUUUGCUUCCAUGUUGAAGGAAGGCGCUCGGGCGUACUCCGGAUUGGAAGAAGCAGUGUACCGUAAUAUCAAUGCGUGCAAAGAGUUUUCGAACUCGGUUCGGUCUGCGUAUGGGCCAAACGGGAUGAACAAAAUGAUCAUCAACCACAUUGAGAAGCAGUUCGUCACAUCCGAUGCUGGUACCAUAAUGAGGGAGCUGGAUGUGGAACACCCGGCCGCAAAGCUGAUGAUCCAGGCCAGCCAGAUGCAGGAGGCGGAAGUUGGAGACGGAACGAACUUUGUGGUAAUCUUCUGCGGUGCCCUGUUGGAGGCGGCAGAAGAGCUGCUGAGACUUGGUGUGACCACCAGUGACAUCACCGAAGGAUACGAGAAAGCCCUGGACAAGGCACUAGAGAUUCUGCCCAAGUUGGUCUGCCACGAGGUGUCAGACUUCCGGAAUGAAACUCAGGUCAAGGAAGCAAUCAAGGCUUCAAUCAUGUCUAAACAGUUGGGUAAUGAGGAAUUCAUUUCUGAACUUAUUACCAAAGCAUGCGUUUCGAUUCUUCCGGAAAAGACAACCUUCAAUGUGGACAACGUUCGAGUUUGCAAAAUUCUUGGCAGUGGUUUGCAGACCUCCGAAGUUGUGCACGGUAUGGUUUUCAAACGUUUCGUUGAAGGAGUUGUAAGCUCUGCCAAGGACGCCAAAAUUGCUCUGUUCUCUUGUCCGGUGGACAUUAUUCAGACCGAAACUAAGGGAACGGUUUUGAUUAAAUCGGCCGAUGAGUUGAAAAGCUUCAGCCAGGGUGAAGAGAACCUGCUCGAGUCUCAGAUCAAGGCCAUUGCCGAUACCGGAGCAAAGGUCGUGGUUGCUGGUGGUAAAUUUGGAGACAUGGCGCUGCACUACAUGAACAAGUAUGGUCUUAUGGCUGUCAGGUUGAACUCCAAGUUUGAUCUGCGUCGUCUGAGCAAGGCAGUUAAUGGAACAGUUCUGCCACGACUGACUCCUCCGAGUCAAGAGGAACUUGGCUAUUGUGACAACGUAUUCCUAAAUGAGCUUGGAGACACCUCGGUGUGCAUUUUCAAAUCAGAGGGUACCGAUAGUCGCAUUGCUACUAUCGUUAUCCGGGGCUCCACCGAUAACUACAUGGACGAUAUCGAAAGAGCCAUCGAUGAUGGAGUUAACACUUUCAAGGGGUUGUCCCGUGAUGGUCGUUUCCUGCCUGGAGCUGGAGCCACUGAAAUUGAGUUGGCUACCCGUCUGGCCGAAUACGCCGAUACCCUUCCUGGACUCGAUCAAUACGCAGUUCGUAAAUUCGGUGUUGCUCUGGAAGCAUUCCCAAAAUCCCUUGCAGAAAACAGCGGAAUCAAUGGCACCGAAGUUACCAACAAACUGUAUCUGGCUCACAAGGAAGGCAAAGCAAACGAAGGUUUCGACCUGGAUGCGGAACAAGCUGCUACCGUGGACGUUACAACGACCAAAAUCUUCGAUCUGUUCCAAACGAAAUACUGGGCCCUCAAGUAUGCCGUCGGAGCUGCUUGCACGAUCCUCAAGGUUGACCAAAUCAUCAUGGCCAAGCGAGCUGGUGGUCCCAAACCCAGACAGGGGCCGGCUAACAGUGACGAUGAAUCCUAAGUGUAAACACACACACAGGAAACAGCAACUCAUAAUAAUUCUAAUUUCAAAUAACAACUUUUGCCAGUAAGGUUGCACCAUUGUUCACCCCCAAUCGCGUUUGAGCUUUCAUCUAGCUACUAAUAAUAUGCACCCCAGUCUUAAUCAUUUUUGAUCCUUCAUUUGCUUCACUCGUGUAACACGUCGAUGAUUAGAACAACCGGCAGAGCUGCGUUCUGCUAGAAUACCAACACUAAUUUUUACCCAUUAAGUUUUCACACUUAAUGAAUA